CGUCCAACAGACGCUCUCCAUAAGCUCUCUACAGGCUUUUUUCCAUCUCGCUUACUCGCGGAAGUACGAUAGUUCAACAUUUUGAUACUUCGAUAGUGCGAUAGUGCGAUAGUGCGAUAGUACCGGCAAAAUGGUGCACUUCAAUGAGCAGAACGAGGAUCAGCUAAUGGCCAAGCGGGUUCAGGAGCUGCAGGAGUGGGCCAAAAACCACUUACAGUUGCCACCAAAUAUAUCCUGCCUGCUGCUGCGCCGCUUUCUGCACACAACGCGGGGCGAUCUUUCAACCGCCCAGCGCCUCAUCGAGCACAACUUUGGACUUCGAAAUAAAUAUGCCAACAUUUUCAUCGAUCGAGAUCCCCUGGAUGCCAGUUCCCAGCAGCUGUUGCAAGUGGCUGAUCUUGUGCCUUUGCCUGGCCUGACUCCGGAGAACAAUAAGUUGCUCUUUUACCGCCUCGUUGACUUUGAUGCGGAUAAAUUCAACUUUACGGCCGGAAUCAAGGUGUUCUUCAUGGUCGCCGACUGUCGCUUUGCCGUCGAGGACAAGGGUCCUUUAUCCGAUGGAGAAAUACCAAUUUUUGAUAUGGCUGGCUAUACAUUGCGCCAUCUGACCAAGACGGCUCUCGGAGCACUUCGUGUCUACAUGAAGUUCGUCCAGGAGGCACAUCCUGUGAGGCUCAAGGAGAUUCAUGUCCUCAAUUGCCCCUCCUAUGUGGACAAAGUGAUGGCCGUGGUGAAGCCAUUUAUCAAGAGUGAGGUGUUCAAGCUGAUCCAUUUCCAUUUGCCGGAAGCAGAGACGCCAUAUCGUCAUUUUCCACGCUCCAUGUUACCGGAAGAAUAUGGCGGCGAGGCGGGCAAAAUGGCGGACCUGAAGGCAGAGUGGAUGCAGUUGCUCAAGGAGCAAAGGGACUAUCUGAUGGAUUCACAAAACUGGCAGAUAAACAAGCUCAAAAAAGGCAGUCGAGGCAAGACCAACGAUGCCGCAGCCUCAGAAAUAUCACAAAAUCUUCGCAGUUUGGAAAUAGAUUAAUGUCGGGAUUUAUAUAUGUUACUGUUAAUUACGUUUUAAAUUAAUGCUUUAAUUUCUGCGGGUAUAUCCCAUAUUUAUGUGCUAAGCUAGAGUGGGUGCAUAUGUCAUAUUUAAAGGAUUUUAAAAUGUAACGUGAAGGAAGCCUUGUAAAAUCCUAUUUUAUGUAUUUUUUGUUUGUUUUUUUCUGAUUCAACUUCCCCAGCUGGGCUUGGGGUUAUGUUAAUAAAUAUGUAUAAUAUAUUA